AUGGUCUUAAGGGGUCGCAUCUGCCACUCAGCUUUGGCCAAUGCGUCCCGCUCUCAAUCUAAUCAAUGGCUGCCACUUGACGACGCACAAAAAGCAACCGCCGGACGGAAGCGUCUUAUCCGAGCCACUCGUGUCGCCCCACUAUCUGUCAGCCACGUCGGCGGACGAGCGAUUGGAGGCGUGGAGCCGACUCAGUUCGGCCGACACUCCGGCACAGUUAUUUCGGUACAGAACGCCGCCACGACACCACGAUAUGCACUGUCGCGUAUGCAGUGCGCAGGUUUAAGC